AUGUUUCCUGCACAGACACCCCGUGAGAUACCCCACAUUACCAGCAUAGCACAUUCAUCCCAGCCCAAUUCACAGUCCUGUGAAUUACCAAUUAAUACCCCCCUCCCAUCCAUUUCGUUAUUUUUCAUCCCAACCACAUACCCUUACCACCUCAUGUACAUCACGAGCAACAGCACGAUAAUCCCCCAAACUGACAUAAAAGUGGUAGGAAAGGUAACAAAAAUCGAUUCUCCAUUCAUUUUCCUUCAGUACAACGGCAGCACCGUAAAAAUAAAAUACAAUAAUUUGCACAAGUACACCAAAAAUACGUUGGUGGUCACGGGCACAUACAGUGAUGGUGUGCUUGAGGAGAAGUAUGUUGAUGAGCUGGAUGAUGAGUUUGAUGAAAAGCUGUUUUACAGGGUGGUAGGUGCUAUGGAGAAGUACAACGAUGUUUUUUAG